AUGUAUUUUGGACUUAUGGGUGAUGGGCAGCCAAUAGGACGCUACGAUGACAUGUGGGCUGGUUGGUGUGUCAAGGUGAUAUGUGACCACAUGGGAUGGGGAGUGAAGACGGGUUUGCCUUACAUAUGGCACAGCAAAGCCAGCAACCCGUUUGUGAACCUGAGGAAGGAAUACAAUGGGAUCUUUUGGCAAGAAGAGGCGAUACCUUUCUUUCAAUCUGUGACUCUUCCUAGUGGAUGCACUUCCGUGCAGCAAUGCUAUAUUGAGUUGGCUAAGCUUGUGAAAGAGAAGCUUGGGAAGGUGGAUCCUUACUUCAUCAGGCUUGCAGAUGGAAUGGUCACUUGGAUUGAAGCUUGGGAGGAACUUAACUCUCCAGAUGGUACUGAGGCCAAGGCACCAAAGGGCAAAGAUAAGUAA